GAAGACGCAAUCCAUCAAGAAAAGUAAGAAAAGCAAAAAUAUUUUAGAAAGGGCCUACGCCUGGCUAAAUUUAUCGACGAUGGAGCAAAAUAAAUUGUAUCGACUUACUGGUAUAAAACGACAUUCCACCAAGUUUGGUGAUAGACUCAUGGCCGAAUUAGAUGGAGUCAGUAAAUUGUACCUACCUGAGAGGUACAAUGCUUUCACCGAUCGCCAAGUGCAAGAUUUUAAUGGGGCAAAUUAUUUCUUGGUUAACAAGGGUUUAGAAGGUAAAUCCUAUAAACUAAUUUUGAAAUCAUCGGCGGACAUCGAAGUGCCGAAAUCAGCCGAUUUAAUUAAAGUCACUUCGGAAAUAGAAAUUGGCACCUCGACCUCCACUCAGGACACCGAGGAGUCCGACUUGGAGGAAGAAGACGCCACCAUGUAUUACACCCAAAAAAAUACCAAUACACUAUAAAGCAAUAAGCGAACAAACACAAGUAUCCGGACCAUCUUCAACUUUUUCAUCAUCUUUCGACAUGGACAUCUUCUCUAACACUAUACACAUUUCAUUUCUACAGUCAACUUGUUGCAACAUCUGUUGAAAUCGAACGAAUUCAUCACGGUGAGCAGGCAAGAUUACAUCUCCAUAGAGAUGCAAAAAUUCGUUCACAUGCAUAUUUCAAGAAUGUUUAAAACAAACUGAUGUGGACACUUUAAAGUUGUUUGUUUGUCCGGAUACAUAUAGGUGUGGUAUAUAUCUUAAUUAAUAUUAUGUAUUACAUAGCAUAGAAAUACAAAUAAUCAAUUUUUAAUAUGAAUAAUAAAUCUGAAAUUAGUAAACAGAA